AUGACAGAUACCUCCCCAGUCGCCACCACGCAGUCAACCACGGAGCCUAAUCCGGUCACCGUCCCUCUGAACUCACCGGCUAUCAACGGCGCCGUUUCCGACUCCGCCGCUCCUGAGGAGGAGGAACCGUACACCAUCAAAUGCAUCUGUGCUUUCGAAGAUGACGAUGGAAAUACGGUCUUCUGUGAGGGAUGCGAGACGUGGCAACAUAUUGAAUGUUACUACCACGGCCAGGAUGUACCGGAUGUCCACAACUGCGUGGAUUGUGAGCCCCGUCCGCUGGAUGGCCGGCGCGCCACGGAACGGCAAAGGCGUCUUAGGGAGCAGAGUGAUGGCGGUGACCGUAAGGCAAAACGUUCCGGUACAAAGACUCAGAAAAAGAGGGCCAAGGAGCAAGGUGACCAGGUGAAUGGCUUUCAUCCCCGAUCAGACUCAGGCGCUCGGGAUCCCCCGCCUGCAAAGAAGGCCAAGCCCAAUCAUCGCGCUUCGGGUUCCAUCAGCUCCUUACCUGGCGUUCCGUCUCUCCAGGCGGAUAUGCGCAAACGCUCUGCGACUUCGAUGAGUCCGACCAAGCCGUCAGGGCCUUCGAUCCCUCUGUAUUCGCAAGAAUUUCUCCGUCUUUAUGAUCAUGACCAAGGACAUGCCAAUAUGGAUAGCAACCUCUUUAUUAAUCUACCGCUGGCCGCGGAUCUGGCUUCAUGGGUGACGGAGCCAGCUGCACUUGCCCGUGUUGCCAACGGGCGAUCGGCACAGGAUAUCUUCACCUGGUCGGGAGCUGCCAUUGACCGAUCUCGGUGGCCCUCAUUAUCCACCGAAUCCCUCACUGAUCGAAGCGUCGACGUCGAUGGGAAGCACCCUACGUGGAAGAUUCUCAAGACACAUGAUCGCGUAGCCAAGGACGAAAUUGUUGGAGAAAUUACUGGGAAAAUUGGGCUCCUUCGAGAUUACUGCCUUAAUCCUAGUAACCGCUGGCAGGAGCUCCGGCAUCCCGAGCCAUUUGUCUUCUUCCAUCCCCAACUCCCAAUCUAUAUCGACAGUCGGCAUGAAGGAAGUACUCUUCGCUACGUUCGGCGCUCCUGUCGACCAAAUGUUACGAUGAAAACCUAUAUCACCAAUGAGGUGGAGUAUCAUUUCUGCUUUGUGGCCAAGGAAGAUAUUGCUGCCGAUUCGGAGAUUACCGCCAUGUGGUACUUGGAUCCUCAGUUGUUCGAGUCGACUAAUGGCCUCGUUAAGCAGGAAUCCAAUGACAAUGCACAGGACUUGGCCGCCAUUUGUAUUAGCAAUGUACUCGCUCAUUUUGGCGGAUGCGCCUGCAACCCGCCUUCCAACUGUCUCCUGGCCAGCGUGGAUCGUCGGCGACACCCAAAAGGGUCGGAUACCAGUGCCAAACAAACCACUGCCAAACGGAAGAAGACGAAAAGCAAGCAGAACAUAUCUCCACCUGCAACGAAUAGUCGCGCCGGCAGUGAGGCCACAAAGAAUAUGGAGGAGGAUGAUCAGGCAGACAGCCUUUCGGCCUCCGGUUCUGCACGCGGACAGACCCGCAGUCGCGAUCUUACGCCUACUUUGCACACUCCAACCGAAGGAAAUGCGUUUGGUGAUACUGAGCUGUCGGCCCGUGACAGGCGGAAAAUCGCAGCGGCCGAGAAGAAGUUUCAACAGCUAGAACAGGAUCAGCAGGCAUCCCAGAAAAGAAAAAAGCGUGGCAGUGGUCAAUCCACCCAGACAAUGGCUGCUGCAGGAGGUGGACCGGGUCAGGCGGGUUAUUUUGCAUACUCGGGGGUUCGCGACCAACACUCCCACUCACCUCCUCUAGCCGUCUCCGUAGCACGCCACAGCUCUCCACGAAAGACGUUCGGUAAGAGUACUUCCCCUGUAUCAUCAUCUCGUGGUCGCAAGCCGUACGUGGAUUCCGCUAGCCAAACGGAUCCUGAUAUCAGCGACGGGCUGUCAUAUUCUCUACCAUCGUCUCGACGGCCCAGCUUCGUUUCUCUUACACAGCGACUUUUGAAGCGCUGCUAUGCGGAUCGUGUGCGUCUUGAACAGAUCAGUCAUCAGGCACCCGUGUCACCUUCUCAGCGUGACCUUGCUUCACAUCUUGCGUCGCCGUCAUCGAGUCUCCAUGGAGGGUCCGCCACGGUCACAACCCCAAAUUCUUCUGCGGAGAAGGAGGACGUGGAAAUGAAAGAUGCGGAUUCGCCAUUAUCUCCUGCGCAACAACAGACUCGCAAUUUGGAAUCGUCGCCACUAUCAAGCCGAGGUUCCGUCAAACCCUCGUUCCCGCCUCCUUGGCCGUCUACAGCAGCCCACAACGCUCGAAUACCAGGGAGUAGAGAUUACAGUCGAUCUGAGCUCCACGUCCCUCUUCCCCCAGCAACCGCCCCCUCUUUACCGUCCGCCACGAGCCCAAGUUCCACCGCGCCAUCAGUUCUAUCCUCGCCUCCUACAUUAGAUCCACCUCAGCACAACCCAGUCACCACCCCCGGCUCGGGUGUGGCUGCACCCAGUCCCGCGAAAAAGAAGCUUAGUCUCGGGGAUUACCUUAUCCGGAGAGGCACUCUUACCACACCGACAUCCGAGAAAUCCCAAGCGCAAGCUAACGCAAUGCUCCCGCCAAAAUCGCCGCCCAGUCAACCACCGGUGAAUCGUGAGACUCCUCGGGAAGCCUCACGCUCAGGGGGCAAAGGUAUGGCGGAAGGUGAAGCAGCAAAAUCUGACACUGGUCCCACUGAUGUUAAGAUGAAAGACGUUUCCGGAUCGGCACGUCCUUCACAACUUUCUUCCCUAUCCUGA